CACAAAAACAUCCCAGCCAAAGUUCCCCUUUCAGAUUGUGUCAGUGCCUUGAGUUUGCUAUGGGGACCCUCUGUCAUUUGAAGUGGCUGAAGAAGACCCUGGUGUCAGAUUUCCAUACCUGGUGGAAAUUACAGGCAACAAACACCACUGGGAAGCAGGUACCUAGAAUUUAUGUCACCAGGCAGAUUCCUCCUGAUGGGAUGAAGAUUCUGCAUCAGUCAAGGCUAUGCCACAUUGAGCAAUGGGAUUCAGAAGACCCAGUGCCACGCUCAGAACUUCUCAAGAAGGUUGCUGGGAUCCAGGGCUUGUACUGUCUCCUGACAGAGAAGAUAGAUGCUGAAGUCUUGGAUGCAGCUGGGCCCAGUCUGAAAGUGGUUAGCACUAUGUCUGUGGGAUAUGACCACAUUUCUCUGCAGGAACUGAAGAAGAGAGGAAUCAGAUUAGGAUACACUCCGGAUGUGUUGACAGAAGCAGUUGCUGAACUCACAGUUGCGCUUCUUCUAGCAGCAUCUCGUCGACUGUUAGAGGCUGCGGAGAAAGCUAAGACCGGUGGCUGGGGGACCUGGAAACCGCUCUGGAUGUGUGGACAUGGCCUGACAGACAGCACCGUGGGGAUUCUCGGACUGGGAAGAAUAGGGGUUGCUGUUGCAACACGUUUAAAGCCAUUUGGAGUCAAGAGGUUCCUCUACACUGACAUGAGUGCCAGGCCUGAAGUGGCAACCAGCAUCCCAGCAGACUCUGUGACCGUGGAUGAGCUGGCAAGGCUUUCGGACUUCAUUGUUGUGUGUUGUGCUUUAACUCCUGAAACCCAGGGUAUCUGCAACAAAAGUCUUUUCUCCCAAAUGAAAGAUACCGCCAUAUUUGUCAACACCAGCAGGGGUGGUGUAGUGAACCAGGAUGACCUGUACCAGGCAUUGGUCAAUGGUCAGAUUGCAGCUGCUGGUCUGGAUGUCACAGAGCCUGAGCCUCUGCCUACAGAUCAUCCUCUUUUUAAACUUAAAAACUGCGUUGUUCUGCCCCAUAUUGCCAGUGCCACGGUCAGUACACGCAAUGCCAUGGCUGCCUUAGCAGCAAACAAUUUGCUGGCAGGUCUCCGGGGUGAAGCAAUGGAAAAAGAGGUGCCACUCUGAGAAAAAAACUGCAAGGCUCUCUUCUCACUCACCCUCUUUCUAACACACCACCAGCCUAUACGAAAACAGCCACUCAUUGCCGGGAACCAUUUUAACCACAGAGGUCCUGUGACACACUCUGAAUGUGAAAGAUUUAGCACCUAUAGCUUUGUGUUCAGUUAUAUUAUACUUUAAAUACAAGCUUUUAGACCAGUUGUAGCAUUAAAGCACCAUUGUUUUCUUAAUUUAGAGAAAGAAUAGGUCAAUUCUCAUCAUCUCUAAGAAUGAAAGUGCUUCAUGGCCAUCAGAUAGUAUUAAUCCCUUGUGAUUAGCACCCCAUCUACCUGCUGCCCCCACUGCCCCCAUGCUACAGCUCUGUGUAUGCAUUACAUAUGGCUCUAUGCCCCCAUACAGUUCUUAGUGAUGCUGCAGAGUCCAGAGACACAUAUCCUGACAUUAGAAGCGAUGUUACCGCUGGUGUUCUGCUCAUUGUUGGAGGUGAAUGUCACAGACAGAUAAGCAAUCUUUUUAGAAUGUGACCUUUUUUAAGCUAACUUGGCAUUUGCUAAGGGGGAGAGGGUUCAUUAAAAUUAUCUGUAUUCUUAUUGUGCAUUAUACAAUCGACAGGGAAGAUCUCUAGUAAAUUUGCAUUUAUAGAAUGGGCACAUUCCCAGAAAUAAAACCUAUAACAUUUUUAUCAA